CAUAUGACAAACACAACAUGUGUAACCCCAAACUAAUCAUGGUCCACCCUUUCAACUUUGUUGCCACCUUUCUUUCUUCUUCUCCUCCAAAAUCCAAACUGUCAAAAUACAAAAAAAAUUCUCAAAUCCCUAUGAAAUCAAUAAUUCAUGGAGAUAAGAGAAUCUUGAUCCACCCCACCCUCACACCCCCCACCCCAGCCCGCCCAACCCAUAACUAACUUUAACCACACACAAACAACCCAACAAAAAAUACAACUCAUUUUUCACUUUUUCGUCAAUCAAAAUCGAAUCUUGAUUACAUUAUUUUCUUGUUUUUUUCCCUCAAAAAUCAAAUCUUUUUCUCUUUCCAAGAUAACUUUGUCUUCUUGUUAAGGUAAAUCAAGAUUACAAACGUAGAAAAUCGAACCAUUACCAAUAAUGUAGGAAUUCAAAACAGACAGACAAUCAAUUGAGCGACUAAGAUUCUCGAGAUUAUCAAAGCACUUGUACCUCACCAAUUGUUAAAAAAUUAAAUCCUCCUUCUCCAAGAUUAUAGGUUUUUUCUUUUCUAUACUUGGGGGUAAGGGAAAUCGGGAUUACAAGGUGGGAAAUCGAACACUCAUCAACCACGACCACGUGGGAUUCAGUUAGAUAAUCAAGUGAGCUACUAAGAUUUUCGAGAUUAUCAAAUCACUUGCACCCCACCAAUUGUUAAAAAUCAAAUCUUUGUUCUUUUUUUUCCUCCAAGAUUGUAUAUUCUUUCUUCUCUUUUAUUGGAGUAAGGGAUAUCGGAAUUACAAGGUGGGAGUCGAGAAUUCAGAUAAACAAUCAACUGAGCUAUUAAGAUUUUCGUGUAUCAUCUUUAUUAUUAGCUAAUUGGGGUUUAGACAAUCAACUGAAUUACUAAGAUUCCCGAGAUUAUCAAUGCAGUCACAAAGUCUUCUUCCUAUAUCUAACCCCAGUUCACCACCAUCACCAUCCUGUGCUAUUACUACUACUACUGACACAAUGUUACUAACACCAGAGCCCCAUAUUAUAUCCUCACCUUCUUCAUCAACCAUACUCUUUGUACAAGAUGAUGAUAAUGUGUCCAAGAUUGAGAAAAAACCACUUCUUUCUAGAGCAUUUAGUUAUACAUCAUCGUCAUCCUCGUCCUUGUCCUCGUCCUCUAGCUCUGUUAAGCAGCAGCAGCAGCAGCAGAGGAGGCGUUGUGUUGGGAGUGAAAACUCACUUUUGUCUGGAGCUGUUGGGAGUUGUCGUCGAGAUAUGGGAAGGGCUGCUAAUGAUACUUAUGUUGUAACUAGGCUUAGCUUUAAACUCCUGCGAUAUCUCGGGGUAGGCUACAGAUGGAUGGUCAGGUUUCUUGCCCUUGGCUGUUAUGCUGUGCUACUUAUACCUGGUUUUAUUCAAGUUGGAUAUUACUAUUUCUAUUCCAGUCAAGUG